CCCUCCACGGGGCUGAAACCCACCGGGGACUGCCCGUCUGUCUGUGCGGGGGAGGAGGCUGCGUUCACCCGCGCGGGAGGACGCUCCUGUUUUGAAAAAAAAAAAGUUUGUUUCGUGGCCGCGUUUCAUCCGCAGCUUUCCGCUGGAAGAGAGGAGCCGACAGCCGCCCCGGGUCCGGACACUUCGGGCCGGGUGCUGUCCUGUGGGAUGGAUGACGGCCGAGAGCAGGACCAGUACGAGGAGCAGCUGAAGGAACUCUUCAACACCUUCGACACCAGCGGCCGCGGCUCCCUGUCGCCGGAGGAGCUCUCGGACCUCUGCCAGUCGCUGCACCUGGAAGAUGCCACGCCCACUCUCCUCCACGCACUCCUGCAGAACCAGGACCGCCUCACAACCAGGGUUGACUUUGACCAAUUCAAGAACGCACUGAUUCUGGUUUUGUCAUCGUCCAUCGAGCCGCCUCAAGCAGAAGAGGAAACUUUCCAGAAACCAGAGUCUCCAGAGAUCCAACCAAAGUUUGUGAAGGGCAGCAAACGUUACGGCCGCCGCUCCACGCCCGACUUAGUGGAGCCUAUUUCUGACUUAUCUGAAGUUACCAACGUGAACCCAGCGCAGGGAGAGGAUCUGGAGGACAACUAUGACUCAGCCGUUCCGAGGAAACGUGAGCGCUGGAAUGCCCACGAAUCAAACACGGAGGAGUAUGAGGCCGAAGGCCAGCUGCACCUCUGGAACCCCGAUGAGCCGAGCACGCCUCGGGGAUCUGUCGUUCCUCUGCCGACCUGCUUGGAGGAGAGGCUGCGUGAAGCCUGUGAGGAGCUGAACGUACCUCGGGACAGAUGUGCCGAUCCCACGGAGCUCCUCGCUGUCUGUGAACAUCUGGGCCUGGAGAUAAAUGAGGAUUUCCUCCAGAGUCUAACUGGCGGAGGAGUUAUGAACGUUCAGGAGCUCGUAUCCAGGGUUGUUAACCACAACAAACCCCCCACACCCUCCGCCUCCACGCCCUACAGACAGCUGAAGAGACACCACUCCACUCAGCCGUUUGAUGAAGGAGGCCGUAGGAUAGCCACCUCCUCUGUGUUGACCAGCACCAUCGGCAUGCGUCUCUUCUCCACCCUUGAUGAUGGAACCGGUUUCACUCCAGCUGAAUACAUUCUGGAUGCCUGGAUAGACGAAGGCAUUGAAAACAGCACUGAGAUCCUGCAGGCUUUGAAUUUCGAACUAGAUGGCAAGCUGAGUCUCGGAGAUCUCACCAUGGCUCUUGAAAACGAGCUGCUCGUUACUAAGAACGGGAUUCACCAAGCGGCUCUGGCGAGUUUCAGAUCUGAGAUCAGACACCUCCUAGAGCGCGUAGACAGGGAACUGAGGGAGAAAGAGAAAAUCCGAUCAGACCUGGAAAAAGCAGAAAAGCUGAAAACUCAGCUCGCCACCGAGGUGGACGAGCAUCACUCUGCGAUUGAGCACACGAAUACCCUCAAGCUCAGGAAGCUCGAGCAGGAGCAGAAAGAGAAGCUGGCAGCAGUGCGAUCAGAGCUGAUGCAGGAGAUGGACCAGAUCCAGCAGCAGGCCGGCCUGCAGCGAGAGGAGCUGGAGGCAGAGAUCCAGAAGAUCAGGGAGGAUGAGUCUUUUCUCCGAGACCACCUCUCCAUUUCUGUGAAGGAAAACCGACGUCUUGAGAUGGAGCUGCUGGACAGCACAGACAAACUAGUAGAGGCUCAAAGUCACAUUUCAAAGCUUCAGACAAGUUUGGAGAACGUAAUGAAAGAAAAGUUUGGAGACUUGGACCCUGGCAGUGCAGAAUUCUUCCUCCAAGAGGAACGUAUUAGAAAUCUAAGCAGUGGCCAUGAAGCCCAGUGCAGGGAGCUGCAGGAUCGAAUCGACGAGCUCCAGUCCGAGUUGCACGAGUUCCACAGUCUUGGUCGAGUUCUUCAGCCCUGCAACAAACCGCUUUCUGAAGAGCUGGAGAGUAAAAGUCCCGGCAUGGAGUCUGAUCCAGGCAUUGGUUCUGAGGAUGUUCAGCCGUUCAGCAUGAGUCUGGAGGCUGAGAUGAUGAUGGAGCAGCUGAAGGAGCAGCACCUUCAGGAAAUGGAGGAACUGCGGAACCAAUUGGAAACCAAGAUCAAUGAUUUUGAUACGAUGGUCGACCAGCAGAGGGCGACUCAGCAGGACCAGAACUCCCUCGCAGCUCUCCAGUACCAGCAGGAGGUCCAGGCUUUGAGGGAAGAGCUGGCCAGCGCUCAGAUCCACGCACAGGAGCUCCAGAGCCAGCUCGAGCAAGUGGAGCUGGAGCGACGCCGCCUGGAGCGGAGGCCGGCCGAGGAGAGGGAAGAGCUGGAGAAGCUGCAAGAGGAGGAAGUGGGAAACCUCAGGCAGCAGCUGCUGGAGGCCCACACUUACACCACUGACCUGGAGGAGCAGCUGAAGAACCUUGAAGCUGAACAGUUUGAGGCAGAUGAAAUCCAUCACUCUGAGAUCGAGGUUCUGAGAAAACAACACGCUGCUGAGAUUCAGAAACUCGAGGAAGAGCAUGUGGAACUUUCUAAAGCCCGAGUGGGAGAGGAGAUGAAGAACGUGCAGGAAGAGAGGGCUGAGUUGGAGAAGAGGUUCUUAGAUGAGUGUGAAACCCAGAAGGAACAGUUGCAGCUGAGACAUGAGGUUGAACUGAGGGCGAAACUAGAGGAGCUGAGGUUGAGGUUGGAGGAGCAGCAGGAGGCGUAUGUGCAGAGACUCACGCAGCAGUGGGAGAAGGAGAGAGCUCAGCUGGAUGAGCAGAAUAAUGAGUCUCUGCAGGUGCUGCUGGAGGAGGAGAUGCUGAGACUCGUCAAGGAACAUGAAGAGAAGGACGGCAAGCUCAGAGAGCAGUGGGAGACGGAGCGAGCUCGGCUUGAGGAGCACCACAGAGACACGCUGCUCGAAAGAAUCCUCGAGGAGAGGUUGCAGUUACAAGAGGAGUUUGAGCAGAAGGAGAAAAGGCUAAAGGAGGAGUGGGAGAGGGAGAGGCUGCAGCUGGAGGAGGAUUAUGAAGGGAUGUUCGAGGACCGGUUGAACGAGGAGAAGGAGAAGCUCGAGACGGAGAGAGAGGAAGUGGAGAAGAGACUAGAAAACUCAAUGGCAGAGGAGAGGGCUCUUCUGGAGGAGAGCCACCGAGAGGCCAUGAAGGAGCGCACUGCAAAGCACAGCGAGGAGAGGAACCUACUCAGCAGCAUGUUGGACAAGCUGCGAGAUGACAUGGCUCAGGAGAGGAGCCAAAUCCAGAUCAGCUUCACCCAAAGAAUCAAAGAAGUGGAAGAGCGUUUCUCGGGUGAUCAAGAAUUGGUCGCAGAGCGUUUUCAGGCCGACGUGUUGAAACUCGAUCAGCACUACCAGCGUGAGCUGAGGGCGCUCUCCGAAAGCCACGAGGAGCAGAGGCAACACUGGGAGGCACAGAUGCAAGAGGCCCUUGAAAAUGCUGAGGAGCACAGACGACUGAUGGAGGAGGAAAUGGAGCAGGAGAGAGAGAGCCUGAAUGGAGAGUGGAACAAAGAACGGCGUGAGCUCAAGAGUCUCCACGAGGAAGAACUGGACAAACUGAUCGCCGGAAACCAGCAACUGCAGAACGAACUGGAUGACUUCAUUAGUUUGGCCCAGACGAAAGAGAUAGAGCUCAGCAGGCAGCUGAACGACCUCCAUAACCGUCUCCAGGAGAGUCUGGGACUCAAGGACGAGCUUCUUGCUCAGUCUGAGUCCAAAGCUCUGCAGGCCGAGCUCCUGUUGAAUCAAACGGUGGAGGAUUUCAAACAGGAGAGGACCGAGCAUCUGAGCAACCAGUUAGAGCUUGAGGCCAGAUACAACGAGAUGCUGGGGAUUUCUGAGGCUCAGAUAACGGAGCGGAUUGGACUGUUGACGGAGCGAGACGAUUUGAAGAUGAAGAUCGAGGAGCUGGAGCUGCUGCUUAAACAGGCGGCUGAGGACUUUGAACUUGAAAGGAAGGAGCUACAGGAGCAUGCAUCUGUUCUCGAGGAGAAGUUAAAAGCUAAAGAUGAGAAUGACAAAGACGAUCUCACAGCAGAGAGAGAGAUGUUUACGAGAAGAAUUCAAGAGCUAGAGGAGGAACUCGAUCGGGUUUCAACCUCGAUGGAAAAGGAUGAGAAAACAGAAAUGAGGAGAUUAAAUGAUUUAGUCACAUUUACAGAGGAAAAUGAAAACAUUGGAGAAAAUAUUUAUUAUUCUGGUGAAGACAAGAAAACUUGUCCAUCACCUGAAAACCAGAUCGAUGAUUUUGUUGAGUCCUCUAAUCAAGAGCUAGUUUGUUCAUCACCUUUUCUUGAUGAGACUGUAAUUGAUUCACUCGAUGCUGAGCACAGAGGUCCUGAAAAUAUCCUAAAUGUCUGUCAGGAAUAUGAUAAUGAGGUCCCUGCUACCGAUGGUGACUCUGAGGACCCAGAACAAGACAAUCAAAUGGCUCCGACUGAGGAUAUCGGUGAAGAAAGUGAAGAUCAAGUUGUUUCUGAUUGUCAAACUGGACAUUUGAACCCAGACGAAGCUGAAGACAACGCUCAUGUUAGCUGCUGUUCCUCAGAAACUGGACUUAGUAGUGAAGAAGGAACUAACUCCAAUCAGAGGAGUUUCGAAAACAAAAAAGAAUCUGUUUCCGUAGAGCUGCAGUGUGAAGCGGCCUCAUCGCUUGAGGUGUUUGAAGACGAGGACUCCGAUGAAGACGGUGAGAAAGAAACAUCCUGUGCAUCAUGUGAGGAUGAGUUCAAACCUCAAGACGAUUCAGGAAGCUUUUCCCACGAAGAUGAGCCCUGUCACGAGACUGUGGCUGAGCCGCCGGUGCUGGGGGAGACAGGUGACCCUGGUGAACUGUCUCUGGAGGAUCCUGAGGUUUUACCAAAUAACUCAAACCGUUAUAAACAGGAAGCUGAAUUGGUUUCAGAUUCGGACUGUGAACAUUUAACCACUAACGGAGAUGAGCGCCCUGACUGCUCACAUGAUUGUCUGCAGCAUCUGGAUCAAGAUGGUGACUGUGAGAACCAGGACGCCUCUCACCCCAAACUCCAGGGUUUGUACAGCACUGCCUCAGAGGAGAACGUUCUCCUGCAUGAGAAGAUUUCUCUGCUCCAACAGAAGACUGAAAUACUCGAGAGUCUCCUGGCACAUAACACUGAGAAGAUCAAAACGGGCCACCAGGUUCUAGAGGAAAACUACAGCCUCAAAGUGAGACUGGUUCUGCUAAUGGAGCACGUCAAAGGGCUCGAGAUCAAGGCCUUAAAAAUGACAGAUCUUCAGAUUCGAUAUGAGGAUUGCAUGUGUGAAAAUGCCAAACUGAAGGAGCAAAACUGUGAACUUGAGAAGAGCGUUUGGAGCCUCGAAACCAGGAUGAACAUUUUCCAUGAUUUUCAAGAUGAGCAGCUUUCCCUAGUGGAUGAGAUCAGCCGGAUGAGGGAGGAGAACACCCGGCUGUCAGGGUUGUUCGGCGAACUGGAGCUGCAGUAUGAGACUCUCUCAGCGAUGCAUCCAGACGCCGGCCGAUCGCAGAGCCCCACGGGCGAGGAUUCGCCGGAGGUCGAGGUUCAGGCGGUGAGUGACCUGGAGAACUGCUGUGAGGAGUUUGAGAAGCAGAACUCCAAACUCCGCAGAGCCGUCACAGAGCUCCAGGACAAGUCGCAGACAUUAGAUGAAACAACGCAGGCCCAUAGAUCUGAGGCCUGUCGUCUGGCUGAAGAAAACCUUCUGCUCAGGCAGAAAAUCGCUGCUUUGAAGGAGCAGGACCUGAAGGAGGCGCAGGGGGAGCUGACACGAACUUUGGAACACUUGAGGAAUGAGAAGGGCGCAGCUCAUAAGGCAGCAGAACAUUUCCAGAACCAGAUUGCGGACCUGCGUUUGCAAGGACAACAACUCGAGGGUGAGAACGGGAUCCUGUCGGAGAGACAUUUCCAAAACAUCGCUGAUAAGGAGAAUCUACGACAGCAGCUGGCGGAGCUGAUGAAGGAAAAGAAAAGGAGGGAGGCGCUCCCUGCUGAAGAUAAAAACAAGCUGGCAGCGUGUGUGUCUUCACUGGAGGCAGAGCUGACCAAAGCUCUGGAGGACACUGCACAGCUGGAGGACAGGAACACCCAGCUGUCCCAGCAGCUGUAUGACCUCAGAGAGAAGGCAGUCAAGUUGGACUCUAUGGAGAAUAAGCUGAGCCAUGUGCUGGAGGAGCGGAGGAGUGUGGACCUGGAGACUCAGGGCCUCCGCAACCAGCUCGCCAAAGCUCAAGAGAGGGUGAAGACAGUGGAUGAAACGUGUCAGGCUGUGAACCAUCAAAGUUCUCGUCUCAAGGCCGACGUCCGUGUUCUGCAGAAGGAGAGGGACUCCCUCAGACGUGAAGUCACCGUCCUACACAAACGGCUGCAGAUCUCCAACGAUAAAAACCAUGUUUUAGAAAUGGCCUUGCACUCCGGUGGUCUGCAGAGUCCGAGCAGGAAGCUGUACAGGGACGAGAUGUCCCGGCUGAUGGAACAGGAGCAGCAGCUGCUCAGGCACGAGAACGAGCGGCUUCAGGCAGAAGUUCGGAACAUCAAAGGAGACAUGGUGCAGUCCAGAGAGAAGGUCCGUCAGCUCGAUGCCACCAUCUUGUCCAUGAAGCAGCACAGACAUCCCAGUCAGUCGUCGCUGGUGAAAGCUCUGGAACAGGAGAACACCGCUCUGAAGCAGGAGCUCGAGGCACAAAAGGAACAGACCAAGGGCUGUGAAGCUGGACGAGGACACACGGAGCUGGAGAGUCUUCAGCAGGAGAACGAGGCGCUCAAGACCCAAAUGGCUCGACUGUCCACACAGCUGCUCGAGAGCUUCCAGGCUCACUUGGUCGGACUUCUGCCUCCGUCCCCUCAUCGGAUUCCCAGAGGACAACACAGAGUCGACGAGCCGGACAACAUGCAGGACGACAGGGAGAGGAAGAUGAAGAACAUGGAGGAGAGGAUGAGAGAAGUUGAACUGUCGCUGCACAACGUGAAGCUGCUGCUCAGGGAGAAGGCUUCUCAACUGAGGGAACAGCUCAACAAGAACGUCAAAGCAGACGUGCUGAUCCAGGACCUGUAUGUGCAGAACGAUCAGCUGCUGAAGGCUCUGGAGAUCACCGAGCAGCGGCACAAGAUCGCGGAGAAGAAGAACUACCUGCUGGAGGAGAAGAUCUCCAGCCUGAACAAGAUCGUACGAGAGCUGAACCCCUCGCUCCUUCCUCCUCUACCGUACCACUACAAGUGUUCAUGAUGCAACUCCUAAAAAAAACUGUUCAGGACAUGAGCAGCACUCCGAAGUCGACCAUUAACCGCACUGCUUCUUUCUCAUGUCCUUGGAGAUGCAUUGAAUCUUUUUGAUCCAACCAAAUGGAUUUUUUUUAAGUUUUUAUUUGCGCAUUUUAUCCUGUUUUUAACUUAAAUGUUACUAUUAAAUGUUCAGUAUUUGUUUCGGAUCAGUGAAGAACCACACGUGCUAUUUUAUGAUUAUUUAUCAUGAGAAUUGAACUUUCAAAGCAGAAGCUGUUACUAAUAAGUGAGUGAAUAUUUUACCACGAUGCUAAACUUCUCUUUCGGAGGAGAUAAGUUAUACUGAAGUGUACUUUUUAUACAAGUGUUCUUUUGUUGUCAAAGAGAUUGUGUUCACCUCCCGUCUGUCCGUCUGAGGCCUUCAAGUACAGAAGAAUCACAACACAACAGGCAAAUAACUCUGAGACCUUUUCAAGGUAUUUGCUCACGUGUCAAACUUCCUGGAGUUUUUACGUUCACUUUGUCAAGUGUCAAAACUCCUUAUUUAUGUCUAAUAGAACCUUAUUAUCUGGUGCAAUAUGUUAAGUGUCGGUAAAAAGCUGCAAUUUUUUCCGACUGCACAAUAGUGAAUGUUUUUUUAUUAAAGUGAAGGAUGAUGACUUUGUGGUGGAUGCAGAGGAAGCACUAAGGUGGAGAACAGGGUCAUGUUUUGUGCUUUUAGUAUAAAUAAAAUAUAUAAAUUGUUUUAAUCUGAAA